CUCUCUCUCUCGCUCGCUCGCUCGCUCGAUCGGAGAGACAUGGGUGUUGAUCUGGAAUCUUUGUCGGAGGCGACAUCGGGGGCCAUAGGUUCGCUUCUGAGCACGACGAUCUUAUACCCUCUCGAUACGUGUAAAUCCAAGUACCAAGCCGAAAUUCGAGCUCGUGGUCAGCAGAAAUACAGAUACCUCUCAGAUGUCUUGUGGGAAGCAAUUUCUACAGGACAGGUUGCCUCGCUGUACCAAGGGCUAGGGACUAAGAAUUUGCAGUCCUUCAUUUCGCAGUUCAUCUAUUUCUAUGGCUAUAGCUAUUUCAAAAGGUUAUAUGCUGAAAGGACUGGUUCGAAAUCAAUUGGAACUAAGGCGAAUUUGCUUAUUGCUGCUGCUGCAGGGGCUUGUACCUCCAUCAUCACCCAGCCUCUAGACACAGCUUCAUCAAGGAUGCAAACCAGCGAGUUUGGAAAAUCUAAAGGGCUUUGGAAGACCCUAACAGAGGGUUCUUGGGGAGGUGCAUUUGACGGCCUUGGAAUCUCUCUCUUACUGACCUCGAAUCCUGCAAUUCAGUAUACAGUCUUUGAUCAGCUGAAACAGCGCCUCCUUAAACAAGCAAAGGCAAAAGCCCAGACUGGUUCUUCUCCAGAAGUUCUUUCUGCGUUCAUGGCAUUCGUGUUAGGUGCGGUCUCCAAAAGUAUGGCCACCAUCAUCACAUAUCCCGCGAUCAGGUGCAAGGUGAUGAUCCAAGCUGCUGCUGAUGAACCAAAGGAAAACGAAGCCAAGAAACCUCGGAGAAGGACCCAGAAAACAAUCCCUGGAGUGGUAUAUGCCAUCUGGAGAAAAGAAGGGCUCUCGGGUUUUUUCAAGGGAUUGCAGGCUCAGAUUCUGAAGACGGUUCUAAGCUCCGCCCUUUUACUGAUGAUCAAGGAGAAAAUCACUGCAACCACAUGGAUUCUGAUUCUAGCUAUCCGAAGAACUCUGUUCCUCACAAAGGGUAGGUUGAAAAGUGCAUGAUUCUUGCAAAAUCCGCAUCGCCCGUCUGAAACGUCCAGGCAAGACUAUUCUCUGCUAAUGAUUCAGAGCCAAGAUCUCAGUUUACAGCAAGAGGCAACUGUCAUCAUCAAUGUUUCUCAACAGGAUUUUGGGUUUGGAUUUGGAUUUGGUGUAGAGCACAUUAAAUUUAUACUAGCCGGAUUGAGAUUUCUGGGAGUAGAGAGAUCUUUGCUUUGUUAUAUAGGUUGCGAUGUAGAAUAAAAUGGGUUUUGGUGUAAUAAUGUCACAAUGUCUGUGCAGAAUCAAACCGCUGUGAUGCCAAAAAGCCGGGAAAAAAAACAUGUUCCAUGGAACAAAACCUCCAUGCUUUAUUGGGAAAUCCUCGUGUGAAAUGCAUUCACUUUUCUAUUUUGGAA